AGGCCACUGGACACCUGCUCCAGAAACUAGGGCAAUUGGGCUGUUGAGCCAGUGCAAAGAAGGCUCAAAUAUGCAGGCAGACAGUCACUUACCUAGGAUAUGAAUUAAGCGAUGGAACCAGAUGGCUAAUAAAGGCCAUGAAAGAGACUAUUCUUAGGCUUCCAGUCCUGACCUCAGUCCGAGAGGUCUGCGAGUUUCUAGGGACGGCAGGCUACUGCCGACUAUGGAUUUUGGGGUAUGCUGAGAAAGCAGGGCCCCUGUAUGAAGCAAUCAAAGAUAAGGCCCCCUGGGCCUGGGGGCCAAAUCAACAAAAGGCCUUUGACGAACUCAAGGCUGCCCUCUUAAAGGCACCAGCCCUGGCGUUACCAGACCCCCUAAAAUCCUUCACCCUCUUUGUCGAUGAGAGGAAGGGGAUAGCAAAAGGAGUGCUAAUGCAGCACCUGGGGCCAUGGAAGCGUCCGGUUGCCUAUUUAUCCAAAAAACUUGAUCCAGUUGCAGGAGGAUGGCCCCCAUGUCUAAGGAUCAUCGCCGCAGUGGCCCUAAUGGUAAAAGACGCAGACAAACUCACCUUUGGGCAGCAUCUAAAGGUGGUAACUCCUCAUGCAAUCGAGGGAGUCCUGAAGCACCCCCCUGAUCUAGAGGUCCCCCUGCAUGAAUGCCAAGAAAUCCUGGCAGAGAUCACUCAGGUGCGCCCUGACCUUCAGGACGUUGCCCUCCACAACAGUGAGUUGGUAUGGUACACUGGCAGAAGCAGCUUCAUCAUGGACGGGAUGCGAAGGGCAGGUGUGGCAGUAGUAGACCAAGAUGGGAAUGUCAUCUGGAGUGCCUCGCUUCCCCCGGGGACCUCAGCCCAAAAAGUUGAACUGAUUGCGCAGGCAGAGGUGCUAGAAUGAGCUGAAGAGAGAUGGGUGGCUGUCUACACCGAUAGCCGCUAUGCUUUCGGCACUGUCCAUGUGCAUGAAGCCAUCUACCGGGAGAGGGGCUUUGUUACAGCAGAAGGAAAGAACUACACAAUCUCCCAGAGGUACAGAGGUUGCUAGCAGCUGUGCAAAAGCCCUGGGCAGUUGCAGUGGUUCACAUCCCUGGACACCAGUCUGCCCGAACCUCGGAAGCUGAGGGAAACUGGUGAGUAGA